AUGACCCAAUCCCAAUCCACCAACGAACUCCCCACGGCGGUUGACUUCAGCCACCAUAUCAACUCCCGCUCCCGGGCGCGUCAUCCCAGCCCCCUCAAGGACAUUAUUCGUUUUAUGGCCGUUGAGGACAUGGUCAGCCUGGCAGGAGGCCUUCCACAUCCUUCCUUCUUCCCAUUCCACACAGUCACUGUAACCGCAUCAGCUCCGACAGCCGAGAACAGCCUCUGCUCCCUCGAAUUACCCCUUGAGGGUUUCUUGCAAUAUGGGUCGGGAUCAGGCAAUGCCGAACUACGUGCCUGGUGCCGCGAGUUUACCCAACGGGUGCAUCGACCGGCAUACGCAGACUGGGAAGUGCUGCUGCAUCCCGGAAACACCAACGCAUGGGGUAAAGUGGUUGGCCUGUUAUGUGAGCCAGAUGACUACAUCCUGUGUGAGAGUUACACCUACCCUUCCGCGCAGGCCUUUUGGAUCCCCCUGGGUAACAAGGCGGCCCCAGUUCCAUCGGACGCGGAAGGCAUGCGUGCUGAUGCUCUCGCUCAAACAUUGCGCGAAUGGGAUGAUUCCCACCCUGGCGCCCGGCAGCCGCGCGUGCUGUACCUUGUCAGUGUCGGCUCCAACCCAUCGGGCGUUACGAUGAGCACAAAACGUCGACAAGAUAUUUACGAUGUGUGUGUUGAGCACGAUGUCAUCAUUGUCGAGGACGACCCAUACUUUUUCCUGCAGUAUCCGGAAUACAAUGCUAGUCAGGUCGCCAUGGACGACCCUGAACUCGUCGGAAACGAUGAGUUCUUGAGGUCCUUGACACCGUCAAUGCUCCAAAUCGACCACCAGGGCCGUGUCAUCCGGUUGGAGUCCUUUAGUAAGACACUGGCACCGGGUCUGCGGCUCGGCUACUUUGUCGCUAAUUCGGUGUUCACGGAGCGACUGCUUCGUGCGACCGAAGUCGAGACCCAGGAUCCAUCCGGCCUCUCACAGGCGCUUACCCUCCGCUUGAUGCAAAGCUGGGGUAUCGGCGGCUAUCUUGGAUGGCUGCAGGGGCUAAGUGUGGAGUACCGUUGCCGACGUGACUGGAUGAUUGACGCCUUUUCGCAGCAUUUCCGCCUUGAGAACGCGGCGGAGGAUAGCAGAGCCCUGGUGGCCCACCUCAGUGACAUUCCUAUUUUCUCCUUCGUACCACCGACCGGUGGUAUGUUCAUCUGGGCCUGCUUUUAUCUGUCGCAGAACUCUGCCUUUAAGCAGCUACGGCACGAUGAGAACGUGGUUGAUCCGGAGCAGACUGUGGCCGACCAGCUUUGGCGGCAGUUCGCCGAGGCCAAAGUCCUCCUGACCCCGGGGUCUUAUUACCACCCCUGGGAGGGGCCGGACAAAAUUACAACCCACGCGCGCGGAGCCACACCCUCGACGACCAACUUUCGGUUUUCCUUCUCCAUGACGACGAAGGAAGAGAUGGAGCGUGGUAUUGCGCGAAUGGCUCGAGUGAUACGGGCGUCGUGGAAGCUUGACCAGUUAGUAGGUUAA